UCACAAAAAAUCCAAAAGUUUAAAUGUUGUUUUUAAAAUGAACAAUAAUAUUCUUAUGUUAUCUAUUAUUCAUAGAAUGGUAGAAUGCAGAACUACGGAUCAUUACUGUACUGUUAGAGGAAACUUACUGUAAUGAUAGUCAUAUAACCACCUUUUCCUGAACCAUUAAUAAAUAAAUAAAAUUUUUCUAGGCUCAUAACAGUUGACAAUUUUUGGACAUGCGAAGGGAGGGUCCGCUCCAAAAUUGUCCGUAAUUAACAUCUUUACACUAUUAAAGUUUUAGUUACCACUGAGCUUUAUCGAAUAAUAAAACGUUUUAUCAGUAUUAUAAAACAUUUUAAAAGCAUAAUAAAACUUAGUAUUCUCGUUAGUCCUAAAAGCUAUAAAUUGUUAUUUCUCUAGAAAAGCUACUACCAUGUGAUGUUGAACAGUAAUUAAAAGGCCAUAAAAAGAUUAAUUACUAUGGGUUUUAAGCACAAUGGUAGAUAAAAUGCCCGAAGUACACCUCAAUGGUAUACAUUUAAUUUUCUAAUUAGUUUAAUUGUAGAGCGUGCGUAUUCUAAGACUAAGGCCAAUGGUAUAAAAGGCCAAAAAGUUGUAGCUAGAAAGUUAGUUAAGUAAACACUAGUCUCAAGGGUUGAUCGAAAGGCUCACACCCUUUGUUUGUUUGGUUUAGAGACUACCAGUGUGUAUUCAGUGAUAGUGAAUAAGUGGUUACCUAUUAGGAAUUACUAACUGCAUAUCAGCUAGAGUGAUUUAGUUCCUUUACGUAUAACAGGUGAGACAAUGACCACCCAACCGGACAGUAUGAGUGCAAUAGACUUUCUGAUUUUUAUGGAACAUCCGGUGUCAUUAUCCAGCAUCGCCGACGAAUACUAUACCAUAGUACCUCGGCAAGAAGUGAAAGCACUCAGUUCCUCCAACCAGACCAUGAACGAGGAGCAAGAACACUCUUGCAUGCGGAUCAUACGUUUCCUUCACUGCCGAGUGAAGCUCAGUGGCAACCGGAAUGUUUUGAAUGCUAACUAUGUUGACGGGUACGAACAUAAGCGGAAGUACAUUUACACCAAAAGUCCGUGUGCAAACAAUGUAGACGAAUACUUACAAAUGAUGUGGGACAAGAAUGUAGAAAUAAUAGUUGUGCCAUCGAGAUCAGAAAAUGACGUUAAUUUUCACCAAUAUUGGAGUCCAAACGAAGGUGCUGUCAUAGAGUAUGACAACUUUAAGAUAGAGACUUUAGAAGUUACUACGAAACCUCAGUACAUUUUAACCUUAUUGAUUCUAACCAACCGAAAAGGUCGAAUACACAGGAUAUCACAUUUUGAAUAUACCGCUUGGCCAGUUUAUAGCAUUUGUCAUGAUCUAAGAGCCUUUUUGGAUUUCGUUUCUAAUAUUAACGAGCAGUAUACUUAUUUAGAGAAACACAAGCCCUCAGACAAACUCGGUCCUAUAAUUGUGCAUUGCAUCGAUGGUAACAAUAGCUCAGCAGUAUUUUGUGUACUUGAUACCUGUGUUACAGAAUUCAAAAAGACGGGAAUGAUAUCUAUCCCAAGUACGGUGAAAAAAAUGAGACAGCAAAUAUACGGCUGUAUGAACCGAUUAAAUGACUAUUUUUUUUGUUAUCUUCUACUCCAUGUUUAUGUUAAAGAUGAAAUGGGUAUGAAUUGAAAUUAUCUUUAGGACUACCCUAAUAAAAAUAAACAAGAGAUAAGUAGAAUAUAAUCUUAGCUUGGAACAAAUAGGGUAAAGACACCAAAAAUGGA